AUGGAGGACCGACGUCUGGCCGGCGCGAGGUCAGUCGCAUCGUUCCGAACCGCGCAGACCCGAACGCCCAUCUCCCGAGAAUCAUCGCCAUACUUUUCGUCCCAGGCUCGAGAUCCCAACAACAAGAGUACCAACUCUACCUACUUCACGGCUACCCCUGAAGCAUCAUCCUCUACAGACCGCAGGGCGGGCUUGGUCUACACCCCAAGCUACGACUACUAUGACGACACCAGCGGCACCACUGGUUCUCGUCAGCCCAAACCAUCCUCUGGCCACUCAUACGACUCCAAAUUGGGCCAGUCUUACACCUCCCGUCCCGGAACUUCGUACAGCAGUCGCACAUCUCGGACUCCUCUCCCUGGCAGCGAAAAUCACAAGAUUGUGUGCGCGCUGACCGAAGCUCGAGGGGUUACUCCGUCCGUCGGUAUGGCAUCGAUCAACGUUGCCACUGGCGAGGUGAUUCUCAGCCAAAUCUCAGAUAGUCGGUUCUUCACCAGGACGAUCCACGAGCUUCAAAUUAUGGAGCCCCAUGUCGUCUUGAUUGUCAGCACGGCUUGCCCGCCGAAUCCAAAGUCGAGACUGUACAGCCAUAUCGAAGAGAACAUGCCCGGCACCAAAAUUGCUCCCGUUGACAGAAGGUGCUGGUCAGAGCUAGAAGGCAUGCACCGAGUCAACACAUGUGCCUUUCGAGAGGAUGCCGAGUCAAUCAAAGUAGCUCUGGAGGGCAGCUUUUAUGCGACUUGUUCGUUCGCCGCGGCGGUUAGCUUUAUCGAGGAUCAUUAUGCGAUUCGCGUCUUCCCCAACUCCUUGCGAGUACGCUUCCAAUCGUGCGAAGACACCAUGAUGAUCGAUGUAUCAACCAUCUUAUCACUCGAAAUUAUCCAGAACCUUCGGAAACCACAGUCAAAGGACAACCUGGUCGGGCUGUUAAAUCAGACGAAAACGCCAAUGGGCUCGCGAGUCCUGCGCAGCAACUUGCUACAACCUAGUACACUCAAGGAAGCAUACCUGGACCCGAGAUAUGAAGCUGUUGAGGAGCUGCACAAAUCUGUCGACAUGUUUGUAGACGUCAGAAAAGCGUUGAGCUUCCACGACGUCGAGAAAAUGUUGACCCGGCCGUCCAUCGCAGCAACAGAAUCCUCCAUGGACAGUGUUCUCAAAGUCAAAGCCUUUGUCGAUGGGUUGCCCGAUCUGUAUCAAGCAAUGAGACCUGCUGUUUCGCCACUCUUAACCAAGAUCCGUGACCUUUUUCGCCCUGAAAUGAUUGCCCCUCUGCGAACUUUGAUAUACGAGACAAUCCACGAAGAUGUCACCCAUACCAAGAAAGCUCUCGAUCAGCGCAACCAAAGAGCUUUUGCCGUCAAGGCUGGUGUCAACGGUCUUCUGGAUGUCGCUCGGCAGGCAUACAAGGAGAAUACAGAAGAUGUCCACAAGCAUGUGGACCAAGUCAACGGUGAACUUGAUCUGGAUGCCAAACUUCAGUACGAUCCAAAGCGCGGCUACUCUCUCCGCAUGCGAGAAGUAAAUUUCGAAGAUCGACCAAUCCCGGGCAUUCUUGUCAACCGAGUUGUGAAGCGCGGCAAUCUCGAAUGCAUGACGAUCCGCCUCAAGCAGCUAAAUCAGCGGAUUUCCGAUUCUGUGGCUGAGAUCGCCAUGCAAUGCGACAAGGUGAUUGAGGAUCUCAUCGACAACAUCAGAACUCAGAUAGCGGUUCUUUAUCGUAUCUGUGAAUCAGUCGCUCUGCUUGAUAUGCUGGCCUCGUUUGCUCAUGUCAGCUCGACCUACGACUGGGUUCGACCAGAGGUUUCCGACACCUUGGCACUCAAGGCCGCAAGACAUCCGAUCCUAGAUAGGGAGCUGAAGGAAGAAUGCGUCCCCAACGACUUCUACGCGGAUGACAACUACCGAUUCCAGAUCAUCACCGGAUGCAACAUGAGCGGCAAGACUACCUAUAUCAAAAGCAUUGCCUUGCUCCAGAUCAUGGCGCAGAUUGGAUGCUUUGUGCCGGCCGAGCGUGCUACACUCCCCAUCGUUCACAGCAUCUUCGCGAGAGUGUCUACAGACGACAACAUCGAGGCCAAUUUGUCAUCCUUUUCGGAGGAGAUGCGAGAAAUGGCCUUUAUACUCAACAAUGUGGAUGACAAAAGCAUGGUCAUCAUCGACGAGCUUGGUCGAGCCACGAGUGCUCGUGAUGGACUCGCAAUCGCGAUUGCUAUGGCAGAAGCACUCAUCCAAAGUCGAGCGAAGGUCUGGUUCACAACGCAUUUUGCGCAACUCGCUGAAGUUUUGAACGACCGUCCCGGAGUCCUCAACCUCCAUCUCGCAAGUCAUCUUUCGAAUACGUCCAGGGGCGAUCCCAGGUUAACCAUGACCUACAAAGUCGAGUCCGGCAAGGUAGAAGAGAUACCAUAUGGCAUUCUACUUGCAAAGGCAAUGGAUUUCCCUAAGCGAUUUCUCGAUGUGGCGGAGCAUGUCUCUCAGUCCAUCCGCGAAGAUAGAUUGAAGAAACAACAAACCUCGGAGGCGCGGCGGCUGGUCAGAGAGCGCAAGUUGGUACUCAGUCUACAUGAGCAGUUGAAGCAAGCGCGCAAUUCCCAGAUGGAUGAUGCUGCCCUCGCGAGCUACCUGAAGCGCCUCCAGGUGGAGUUUGUGGAGCGCUUCGAAGCCCUCCGUGUUGCAGGGAGUCCGGACGAGGAUUCCGAAGAGGUCCUUGACGAAGAAGAAAACGAAACGUUUGAAGAUGAUGAUAUAUUUGACUCAGUCGAUGUCGAGUCUUUGUCGACACGCAGUCCAGCUGGGACGACAUAG